AUGUGCCGCGCAAGGUCAGUAUUUGGCCGGGACUUCUUGGUCUUCGUGGAUUCGGAGCGGGCCAGACAACGCUGGGAAGGUGAGUAUGGCGUGACCCCGUUCUUCUCCCAGUCAUGGAUCCAGGAAUCCUUCUCUGGGCCGGCGGCAGACGAGAUUCACGAUACGAACUAUUGGCGCUGGGUUGCGAUGGAGUCCAUCCUUCGGGCUGGGUACAGUGCUCUCUAUGUUGACACUGAUAUCCUGUGGCUUGCGGAUCCGCGUCCGCACCUGGCGGCGCUACCAAAGGAGACAGACUUCUUUGGCUCCUGUGAUGCGUAUGAUGGCAGAGAUGGCAGAAUCAAGUGGUUCCGGAAUGGUUCAUUCAACCUCGAGCACCUGCGUGAGGAAUCUCGAAAGCAUGACGGCGAGUCCACCUGUUGCCAUGGCGCUGUCGUUCCGGUCAAUGCAGGGGUGGUCUUCAUGAGGCCAACCUCCGCUGCAGUCCGCGCUAUCCAGCAUUUCCGGGCAAGAAUUCUCUCAGGGCCCUGUUGGGGCCAAGCAGCCAUGCACUGGAGUCUUUUUGAACUUUGUGGACACCAGAUUUCCUGCAACAUGCUGGACCCCUUGAGCUUCGCAUCCGCGGAGCCAAUCCGCAAAGUCCUGAAGAAAGACCAAGAGGCACUACCGAGGAGUCCUUUCCUGAUACACCUGGACAUUUCGGCCAAGCAAAAGGCCACCAAAUUUUUCGAAGGCAUCUUCGGAACACCGCAGGCUUGCAUAGAUGAUGGCCGUGGUGAUAGCAUUGGGAAGUCCAGUGAGUUGUGA